GCCAGGCUCAUAUUACCCUUUGGUAGAACAAAGUGGACAAUGUCUCCCUUUCUGGUGUGGAUUUCUUCCAGAUGAGCCAAUUGUUUGUGAGCCCCAUGAAAGACAGAUCACAAAGAAAAGGUCUUGUCUUCCUUGACAUAACACAUUCCAUAUAUUCAUAUAUAUCAUCACCACAUCAGAUUCCAUCUAUAACCAUAUCUAACUCCAACUUACCAGAACAAAAGAUGCAUGUUCAAUCAGGGUGCCUUUUACUCUUCCUUCUUCAGAGCAGCAUCAUCUUCACUGACUCCAAUGGAGAACCUGAAGCAAAUGUCAUGAAGGGACUCGCUUCGUCUCUUUCCCCCACACCCAAAGGCUGGAACGCGUCCCUCAGCCAUUGUAGAUGGCCUGGAGUAACUUGUGACAGCUCGUUUCAGGUGACUGAUAUUGACCUGUCACGCCGGUCCCUCUUGGGGACGUUGCCUGGUAACCUAAACUCCCUCUCAAAGCUCACUUAUCUGUAUCUGGACAACAACCAUUUCACGGGUAGCAUGCCUUCGCUUGCCAACUUGACAUUCCUCCAAGACACCACAAUGGACUACAACAACUUCACUUCCAUACCGGAUGAUGCCUUUGAGGGGCUAAUCAACCUAGUAUAUUUCUCUAUUGGUAAUAACCCAAAACUCAGCCCGUGGACCUUUCCCGGUGUCCAAUUACAACGAUCUCAGUAUUUGAAUCGAUUCAAUGCUAGCAGAUCCAGUCUUAGUGGAACUUUACCGGACAUGUUUGGCUCAUGGCCUGCGUUGCAAGAAUUUGACCUAACCUACAACAGCUUUGUCGGUUCGUUGCCACGGUCAUUUGCAGGGUCCAAUAUCUACACCUUGUGGCUUUCUGAUCAAGAAGAAGGUUUCUCUGGUGCACUUGAUGUCCUUGCGAACAUGAGUUCGUUGUGGUCGGUCUGGUUGAACGGCAAUAAGUUUCAAGGGCCUAUUCCUGACCUCUCUAAGUGUACCUCAAUCAUAGAGCUUGGACUUGAGGACAAUUUAUUAACAGGAAUUGUCCCCUUGUCCUUGAUGGCUUUACCCAAUCUGGAUUACAUUGAUCUGCACAACAACAAACUUCAAGGGCCGUUGCCAGUUUUCGGAUGGAAUGUCACUGCAAUAGUUGGCGAAACAACUAAUAACUUCUGUAAGGUUACGCCCGGAUCGUGUGACCAGCAAGUGAUGGCUUUGCUUCAGGUUUCCGAAGCACUUGGCUAUCCGGCAAAGCUUGGAGAUGGAUGGAAGGGUAACAAUGCUUGUAAUCAAUGGGUAUUUGUUAGGUGCGAUUCCUCGAAGAACAAUGUUACCAUCAUUGAUUUUUCCAAGCAGCAUUUCAAUGGCACCAUCUCCCCUGCUUUUAGAAAUUUGACAUUUCUGGUCGAGUUGCACUUGAACGAUAAUAAUUUGACCGGCACAAUACCAGAGAGUUUGACACACUUGACCAAGCUCAAAAUAAUGGAUAUUUCUCGUAACAAUAUUCUCCCACCAUUGCCACACUUUGCGUCUCACGUGAAUGUAACAGUUUCAGGGAACCCGAAACUAGUUACAAGAUCUGGCCAUACUGGAGGAACAGGAUUUCAGGUGAGGAGCUCGCGACGAAAAGCUUCCACUAAGGUAGUAGUUUUCCUCAUAGUCCUAGGAGCAUUUAUCACUAUAAUAUUCGUCGUGUGUAUUCUAGUAUACAAAAAGAGAAAGCCCAUGAAACAAGUUGAUGUGUUGGGGAAGUCGCAACAUUUUCUACCCGACUCCCCAACUAGAUUCAGUUACGAGGUUCUAAAGGCUGCGACCAACAACUUUGAUAUGCAACGAAGACUUGGAGGUGGUGGAUUUGGGUCGGUUUUUGAAGGAAUUUUAAGCAAUGGAUCCAGAGUUGCAGUAAAGAGACUAGAUCAUUUUGGGCAGGGAAUGAAAGAGUUUCUAGCCGAAGUCCAUACGAUAGGUGGCAUACACCAUCUCAAUUUAGUCAAAUUGGUCGGUUUUUGUGCUGAACAGGCACACAGGCUUUUGGUGUACGAGUACAUGAGUAACGGGUCAUUGGACAAGUGUAUAUUCCUUGACGGUUCAAAGACCGGGCUCAAUUGGGAUACUAGAAAAAGGGUCGUUUUGCACAUUGCCAAGGGACUCGAAUACUUGCACGAGGAUUGCGCAAAGAGAAUAGCCCACUUGGAUAUAAAACCACAGAAUGUGCUUCUGGACGAAGGAUUCAACGCCAAGUUAUCAGAUUUUGGCCUUGCUAAGCUAAUCGACAGGGAUCAAGACUACGUCAUGACGCAGAUGAGAGGAACGCGAGGGUACCUUGCACCUGAAUGGCUGGGUGGGAAAAUCACAGAGAAAGCUGAUGUUUACAGCUAUGGAGUUGUGUUGUUGGAAGUGGUGUUUCAAAGGCAAAACCUGAGUGAUGACCGAUUGAUUGACAUAGUGAGGGAGAAAGUUGAGCAAAGUGAGUUGUCUGUCUUGAUCGAUAAAUGCAUAGAGGACGACGAGCAAGAGAAUGGCCCCCAAGUCGAGGAAAUGAUCGAGCUAGCACUUUGGUGCUUGCAUGUGGAUCCAAACAGAAGGCCUGCAAUGUCCACAGUAGUUAAAACAUUAGAAGGUGCAAUGAAUAUACAGUCGUGUAUUACUAUUAGUAGGAAGGAUUUCUUACCCUCUGCAAUGGGAAUAUCAACUACCAGUGUUGCGACCGUAUCAUCAUCAUCUGCAGGGCCUAGAUAAUAACAUCAGCACUUCUAAUUAAUUGUAAUUAGCCUUAUUAUUUUUGUGAGAUAUGUACCAAGUGUGUAGUUCUUUCAAUUCGGAUAUAUAUGAAGCUCUUUAAUCAAUACAGUUUUGUUUU